UCGGCAGCAUCAUCAUCAUCAUAACAUUUCAGUCGAGCGCUUGCCUGUCUCCUUGACACACCCUUCGCUAUUGUCGGUACAGCGCGCGAGCGACAACCUUGACAUUCCCACACGCGCGUUCAGUUGCACGGUGAAAUCUUGUUCUGCGUGGAUCGUUCUCAGCGAUAGAUCAUAGGAAAGAGAAACAAAGCAACUAAUGCGGUGAAAGGAAGAUGCACGAACGCUGAACACGGUGCAGGUAAACGCGCGCACGCACGCCCAUCGCGCAUCCCCAUAUAGAUGCCAGUACUAGUACCGCACACGGGCAAACUCCGCUUAUCCACUUGUUUUUACUCGUACCGCUGUGGAUAUAUGACAGAUCCCGGUGCAUUGUCCCGGGGAAAGAAGUAAGGAAAGGCAUGGAAAAGUACGACUGGUGCUGAGUGAGUUGAGCUGCUGGUUUUGCGCGGAUGUUGGAAACAUGGAGAGACGGGCUCUCGUAACGACGAUCAGCUUGUCCAUGAGCCUGCUCGCGCUCAUGCUGCUGGUCACGGCGAUUUUUACCGACCACUGGUACGAAACGGACACCAGGAGGCACAAGGAGAACUGCGACCGGUACGGCUCGGAGUCCAACGACCAGAAGAACAGGGAGAUGCCCAUCUAUCACCUGCCUUUGUUGGACGGCGGGAAUUCAAAGCGCAACCUGGCUCUUAUGAAGCCCAUCCAUGUGGGGAGUCGCGAAGAGGAACUGCUGGAGAACUGGAGGGCGAUUUUGGGAAUGGGCAUCCUGGAGACGGAGUGCGGGCGCCCGCUCUUUUCCACCUACUCUGGACUUUGGAGGAAAUGCUACUUCCAGGGAAUGGACAGGGAUAUUGACAAACUCAUUUUGAAGGGUAUUGCAGAACGAUGCACGUCCGUCAAAUAUCAUUUCUCCCAACCCAUAAGACUCAGGAACAUCCCUCUCAACCUGACAAGGACCAUCCAACAGGACGAGUGGCACCUCUUACAUCUGCGGCGCAUCACGGCGGGGUUCUUGGGCAUGGCUGCUGCUGUGAUGCUGUGUGGUAGCAUUGUGGCCGCUGUGGGGUUUUUCUGGGAGGAGAGUCUCACCCAGCAUGUGUCCGGACUCCUGUUCCUUAUGGCAGGAAUCUUUUGCACAAUCUCACUGUGCACCUACGCAGCAAGUGUCUCUUACGACCUAUCCAGGAAUCCCCCUUUCAUCUACGGUUUGCCCAGCGAUGUGGAUCAUGGUUACGGAUGGUCCAUAUUCUCCGCAUGGGUCAGUCUGGGCCUAACGGUGGCGUCCGGUUGUGUCUGCACGACCUACCCGUUCCUGAGCCGCACGAAGGCUCUUCGCUCUAAAACGGCCAGGGAGUCGUCUGUAUGAGUGCCCUCUCGUGGCCUGGAGGUCUCAUGACAUUAAUCAGCACUUGGCGCUUUAGCAAAUGGAUUCAAGUAUACACUUUUCUUCGAGGAGUGUUUCGAUGGGCACUUCACGCUACAGAGCAGCGUUUAGUGUGUUGUAGAUUUCUGAUACCUUUGUUGAGGUCUUCGACAGAGGGGAAAACAGGAAAGUUGCAUUUACUGUGUGUGUGUAUUCUACUUGCCUACAAAUCACACACACACAUAAACACAAAUUACACACAAAUAUGCAGUACAUGUGAGAUUAUACUGAACAAGAUCUUUAGGUAUGUGUAUGUGGGUUGUUACUUUUGUUGUAAUACAAUCAUUCUCUGAUCAGGUGCACAAGGAUCUGAGCCACAGUUUUUAAUGCAAACCCUUUGAAAUUCGAGUUAUUCAUUGUUGGUAUUAUUAAGUGGACGUCCCCAGUUUAGCAGUACAUGUGCAAAUUAAUAUGAUGAACAUUUGGUGAUGUUUCAAUCAGGCACGAACAAAAUGUCAUCACAUCAGACAAAUCUAUAAAGGCAUGGUUGCAUAUAUAUCACCUUUGGGUAACAGCUGGUGUCCAGUAUUCGUAAAGAUUGAAAAAUCAAAGAGACACGAGAAGAGAUCUAAGACACAGAUAUGCAAAUUUGUGAUUGGAUGGCAUGUCUCUGAAGUUUCAAAACAUGAAUCAGGCUGUCGCUGGCAGUGCAAUCGUAAUAUGACAGCAUGCUUUGAAUGAAUGCUCUUCAAUAUACCCGCCUCACUCAUGAAAGGCCUCUCACGACAUAAUUGUCGAAAAUACAAUUCCUCCCCUUCCGCAGGCCUCCACUCGCCUCUACGGUCCCUUCUGGAAAAGAUGAACUAAUAUAACAUUGACAAAAGGACUGUGUUGUUAUAUAACUGCUGGAUAUUGUUUUCCAAACUGAGCCGAAACAGUAUCAUAUUCCUGAAUUAGUACUGUUUGCCUCAAAACCCAUAUUGUGUUUAUGAAAGUGUAUCGUAAUAAAAAUAUUAUAAGGAUGAAAUAAAGAUGUAUGAAGAAAGAUAAGUGA